CUUUUGUAAUGUUUGACCUUUGACUCUUAAAAUCGGAACAUAUGAUUUUCUUUAAGCGAUUACCAUUUCACAUUCUGCCAUUUUAAUGUUGAAAAAUAAUGACUAUUACUGCACUGAUCGAACACUGCUAGUUUUAUUUCAGAUCCAUUAGGUUCUAAGAGAAUGCCCGAUUCGCCAGACAGUAACACGAAGGUGGCGACCUCUAGUAGAUACUUAGCGGGAACAAUUGUAAAUCACAAAAUUACACCUGUCAAUGACAUGAACGGGACUCUGUCUCCUCAUACGUCAACCGGGGGAGGAACUCCCUCUCCUCCUAUUUUGACUCUCCCUUCAAACUUGCCAACCCCUACAACUGCGCCUGUGGUUAAUCAAGGAGAUACCGUGUCUUCUGGAGUCCGUCAACUUAGUAAACUAAAGAGGUUCUUGACCACUCUCCAACAGUUUGGCAGUGAUAUAUCCCCUGAUGUCGGGGAAAGAGUACAUAAUUUAAUUCUUGGACUUGUGAAUUCUUCUAUUACGAUUGAAGAAUUUCACCGAAAGAUUCAGGACGUGACAAAUUAUCCUCUUCGUUCGUUUGUUAUACCUUUUCUUAAAUUUCACUUACCAUUGCUACAGACUGAACUUGCACAGUUUGCUAGACACGCUCAACAAACACCUCAACAGUAUCUUCGACAGCACGAAAAUAGUCUGUUGGAUGCUCCAGUUUCCUCUAACGGUGAACCUUUGGAAAUAUUUCAAACCGAAACAAAAGAAAUAGGAAAGAGACGCAGUCCUUCAGACGUGAGAUCCAGUGAAAAUGGUUACAGCGAUAGAAUAUCAGAAAGUCCACCCCCCGCAAAACGACAUCAACCUUCACCUAGUCCUACUAUGGGCUCGAGGGUAAGCCCUGGUGUAACUAAAAAUAACAUUCAUCCGAAUAUUAACUUCCGGUUCGAUGAGCCAGGAAACAUGUACAGAACAAGAGAAAGGGACCGUUAUGAAAGAUACGAGAGGGAAUUCCAUAGACCAUACAACGGAACAUUACCUAGGGAUUUCACAGAGGAUAGAGAGAUGGAAGAAGAAUGGAAAAACAUACAUACAAUGCUGAACUGUAUUUUGGGAAUGGUUGAAAAAACUAAAAGUGCUUUGGCCAUCCUGCAUCAACGGAGUCAAACUGACAGAAGCGACUAUAAUUUGUGGGGACGACGACAUCUGGAUAGCUCUGAUUUUGAGUUGAAAAAACAGACCAGUGACAUCAUGAUUCAUUAUAAGUCUGCUGAGGAAAGGGUAUCAGAAGUCAGAAGACGAGCAGAAGAAGCUGUCAAUGAAGUGAAACGGCAAGCUGUUGCUGAACUACAGAAGGCCGUUUCAGCAGCAGAAACCAAAGCUAGCGAACUCGUAGCAACGGAAAGAGCCAAGAUGGAAAAGCUAAUUGAAGAAGCGAAACGACAAGCAACCGAAGAAGCUCUAUGCAAAGCCAAUAAACAGGAAGAUUGUACUGAAAAUUGCUGGAACUGCGGCAGAAAAGCCAACGAAACGUGCAGUGGAUGUAAUGUAGCAAGGUAUUGUGGGUCAUUUUGCCAACACAAGGACUGGGAGAACCAUCACAGGAUGUGUGGUCAAGGUUCAAGUUUGGCAACAGUCACUUCCGAAAUAAGUCACGUUACACAAGUCACCACCAGUAUAAGCACAAUUUCUUCGACAACACCAAUAUCAUCAGGAAAGAGAAGUCGUAGCCCAACAGUUGUGAGUGAAAUGUAAAACUGAUGAAACUAUGUUAUUCAGACAGAGUCAACUUAAGUGUUUUUUUUUAAUUAAAUGAUAAUGAAUUAACGCGUAUGAAUAGUUCAUAUUAGUCCUAGACACACAAAUAUUUGCGCGCGAUGUAUUUUUAUGCUAAAACUAUAAGAUAAAGACACAAAUAUAACAGGAGUUGAACACAUCAACUGCAAAGUAAAGAUAAUUUUUUUUUAGUGAUUCUAUUAGCAAUCACACUGAUGUUUGGUUGCACAAUGUUUUUUUUAUUCAUUUGUAACAUUGGAUAUAGUUAAGAACAACACUUGAAUUUCAAUUAUUUUUACCAAUAUUAUGCAUAUUUUUCUUUUUUUUUUACUGGUAACCUUAAAAAUGUGUAUUAGACGUGCAGUAUCGAUAUGUUUUUAAUGAUCUGGUGCCAGUACUAUUUACUGAUGUUAACCAUACCAGAUCAAACCGGGGUUAGGUAACAGUCCCUAGACCAUGUACAUACACCUCAAAGGUACUGAAUAUUACCUUCAUAAGGUGAUAAAACCCGUUGUAUGCUCAUAUUUAUGUUUAUUUGUGGAUAUACUAGCAUAUCCUAGUCAUUAAUCUGAGAAUUUCCUCUCUGAGGAGUCAUCCUAGUCAGUCAUAUCCGCAAAUCAAAAUAUGCAAGUAGAUUCGAACAUGCGUUGGAGUUAUCUGGUUUCAUGUUCCAUCGACUUUACUUGUAUCUGACAGUUCUACCAUGUAUUUAUGAUGUUUCUUGAGUUGGAGUUAUCCGGUUUCAUGUUCAACUUAAUUUGUAGCUGACAGUUCUAUCAUGUACUUAUGAUGUUUCAUGAGUUGGAGUUAUCCGGUUUCAUGUUCAACUUAAUUUGUACCUGACAGUUCUACCAUGUACUUAUGAUGUUUCAUGAGUUGGAGUUAUCCGGUUUCAUGUUCAACUUAAUUUGUACCUGACAGUUCUAUCAUGUACUUAUGAUGUUUCAUGAGUUGAAGUUAUCCGGUUUCAUGUUCAACUUAAUUUGUAGCUGACAGUCUACCAUGUAUUUAUGAUGUGUUACCUUAAAUAGAAUAUAAGGAAAUCAGACAUAGCCUACAUACUUAUUGUUUAACUCAAAAGGAACGAAAAUCUCCUUUUAUUUAUGGGUACCAAUUCACACUUCUUUCAUACUAUAAUAUGAUAUUGAUAUCUUUAUUUAGAACAAAAAUACUUCAGGUUUAAAAGGGAAUUUUGAAGAACAACGAUUAACUUAAUUUUGGAGAAAGUUUUAUUCGAAACUAAUCAUGUUCAGUUUAUGAAAUUUGGCGAAUUCGUGAUUUUGGUACGAACUGGCUAAGAAAUAAUUUCAAUAAACUAAAUAAUAUACGUAUUAGCGAUGACAUAGAACUUUCUAGAUCAAACAACAAACUGUGUAUGUUUCUUGCCCUGUAUUACCUCUUAUACAUUAUAUAAAAAUGUAUGACAUAUUUCAUACUGUUGCAAUUUCAUAGGAUUUUGUUUUAUU